CAACAUAAAUCAUUACCUGCUACUAGAGGUAUAUUGGGAUGAACAUGAAAUGAGAAACCGGGCCAUAAAUCACAGAUAAAAACCGAGAGAAUGAUGGGCAUUAUGCGUCCAGAAGCUACACGCCCACAGAGAACCGCUCGGACCCGAGUUUCUGACUGUUGGCCCAACUCCUUAUCGAGCUUCUCUCGCCGCAGGCGCGCAGCGGUCCUGACUCGAUAUUUAAAAGGCUCUGCCACGCUCUCCACGACAGCACUGACCAUGGCUUCACGCACCCAAGAAAGCGAGACAAGUCCCGAGUUGGACUUGGUCCGCAUUACAUUGCCCACCUUACCAAGUGUACCUCUCCUCUCCGCACCUUCGGUUUUCAACGUCGGAGCACGGCGCCUCUACGACUAUUCACCCACGGCGAUCCUGAAAAUGGGAACGGAUGAAGGCGAGGGGGUCAUGACUGCCCUCGCUCGCUCGAUCCUAGGUCCAGUCGUCCCAGAAGUCCUCGGGGUCGUCACCGUCCCACACCUCCAUCCGCGAGCGAGGCACGGCCUCCUCUUGGCUCGACAGCCGGGUACACCCCUUGUCACCAUCUGGCCGUCGCUCCAGCCCAUGCAACGCGCCGACGUCAAGAACAAACUGUGCGACCUUGUGUUGCGCAUGCGCAAGCGCCAGUUCAGCUAUUACGGGCGCCCUGGGGGAUUGCCGUACACUACGGAUACCGAGUGCGGCACCGCGCAGCAUACGUUCUGUACGACGCGCACGGAAUGGAACGAGUCUCGCAUUCGGGCACUGCAGACGGUCGCGCCUAGCAUAGACAUCGAUGAACCACGUCGGCUCGCACUCGAGCAGAUGCAGAAGGAGACCAUAUGCGACGAUAGACCGGUACUCACACAUGGGGACCUGUCCUCUCGAAACAUCCUCGUUCACCCCGACACCCUCGAGGUGACGGGGUUCCUCGAUUGGGAGAUGGCGAAUGUCAUGCCGGCGUACUUUGAGUACGUCCUGGCAAGGCUGUCCGGUGGGCAUCAGGCAGAAUGGAGGAAAGAGCUACUGGACGUACUCAAGAACGUACUACGCGUAGAGGCUCAGAAUAGGGCAGCCCAACAAACUUCCGUGGAGGAUGGAGGCUCGGCGGGGGAUGAGGAGUACGGGAGGGCGUUGAAGGCAUGGAACAGACUCGUCGACGUGGAGAGGUCCGCUCAGGAAUAUAGCGACAGAUGCUACUGGACGUUCGAGGACAAUUCUCAGUAAGUAGGUUAAGAGACGUGGUGAUUGUGCUAUACGGUGGAUGGGUGUGUAUAGGUAGUACAGUAUAGUUUGUUUACCCAAGGGAUUGACGAGGGCGAGGGAGCCAUGACUACCCUCGCUCGCUCCUCGGCCCAAUCGUCCCAGCGUCGUGACCAAUCAUACACUUGAGCUAUUGACACUCAGCGAGAUACGGAAAACACACAACGUUUGGUGAUUAGUGUUGUCUAGAAAUAGGCUCGAGUGUGCGCAACACAGGAGAGUGAGUACCCUUGGCAUGGUUAGUACUCGAAUGAAUCGACUUGUUCAAUGACUUGAAACGU